AUGCGUAUCGGCAACGACUCAUCAUUCCAGUCCACAGAACGACAUAUUUCGUACUCUGGUAGUCAGGAAAAACAAGAUACAAGUGAACUUAAGAGAAAACCCAUAAUACAACUCUAUGGUCUUCAACCGAGGCACGCCUCAUGGAAUGUUGGUUUUUCAAAUAUAGCUGGAUUACCAGAUGCUCGAAUGCCGGGUUCACAAUUCACGCAAAACGCUUUGGAACAUUACUUGUCAGACUUGGUAGCAGAUGAGCAGAGAAUGAUGGCAAGUAGUCCUUGUACGGGUUUGGCGCAUGGUUAUUGCGAAACAACGUCUGGUUGUGUAAACCCCUCAGUUUCUUCAAAAUCUGGUGAGACUGAGAAGAAGAUGUGCUCUACAGAUUUAUUACAGUUUUUGGAGCAACGCAUUGAAAAUGCUUUGAGGAAUAUGACGUCUAUGGACUCAAAACCAUACCCUUAUCAUAGUACACAAAAUCGGAUGCGCCCCAAUAGAAGUGCUUCCUUAAAUCCAGUUUGCGAACCUCGAGUAAAAGGUGUUGAGUCACCGUCAAUGGCUGGGAACCUCUUUCAAAAUCAACCGACGUUUGAAAAUAAUGAUUCACAACAGGUUUAUUACAACGGAAACUCUGCUACGCCUCUAAAUAGACAACACAUUAGUUCUUAUUCAGAUGAACGCCCGAGCCAAACUUACGCAGAAAGCAAUGUGCUUCAGCAAUUCAAUUUCGAUGAGUUGCAGUAUCUUCUUAAAGCUGUCAGAGAUUUGCUGGCGUUACGCACUUCUUCUGCAUACACAAACGUUUCGCUGGGACAAGAUGUAUCUAAAAUGACUGAACUAGAUAAACCACGAAAGCAUGGUAAAACUGAACGAAAUGAAACAUGUGCAGUGUCAAACAGAGAUGAUCAGAGUAUGUGUACGGAGUCACCAUAUAUAGCUAGAUCAUUAUCAAGCAGUCGUAGUAGCAGUGCUGUAAGAAACAAUCGCUUUGAGACGACGUCAGAAUCUCGAGGUAGCCGACUGAGUUCCGGAAUAUCCGAAGACGGUAGUCAUUCAAAUGCUGAUUUAAUGCAUCAGCGUCUACCCAUAGGUUUCCAGCAUUUUGAGCGGUAUUUGGAUAGUAAAUUUGGCCCAGACCACCCAACUAACAACGCUUUCACAAACGGUUCGGAUGUUCAGUUAAAACCUGAGUCAUGUGUGAAAACAAUACAAACGAGUUCAGGACAUUCCCCCUCAGCAUUGUCGGGAAAUUCAUCUGACCACAAUUCACACAUGUUAACUAAACAAAAAUCACACAGUUCCAUUCCAAUGAAUUUAGGAACUACUCAAACAGGUAUUAUUACCAUCAACAAGGCUGAAGAAACCGUCAAUCGCUCUUCUACAACACUCGUUUCGCAACACCCCAGUAAUUUAAACGAAGUUUCCUGUCCAAUGUAUACGAACUUGCAGUCUGAUUAUUCAGGACAAACAGAAUGGAAUUUAGAUGAAAAACUAACAAUGAAUAGUGAAUCUUGUACUUCAACAUCUAACCAACCUGGUUUGGUCACACAUUCACAUAACAGUGGAUACGUAUCUGUUCCCCUCAUAAAUCACUCAACCUCUUCUCAUACUGGAAACGCAGAUGGUAAUACUAAUCAUAUGAAUUACUGUACAGAGUCAAAUAACAUAUAUGCUCCCGAUCUUCAACAGGGACAAGCAACUUCUUGGCCACCGAAUUGGUACCAGUGGUACAUUUCUUCUCACAUGUUUCCACAAAGGCAUCCAUCAUAUUCACAAUUUCCCUAUCACCAUUACUAUUACCCACACCUGAAACAACAACAACAAUUCGGUCUUGAUCAUACAGUUUUUUCACAACGCAUGAAUCGUCUAGUCACGCCUUUAUCUUAUGUGAUGAAUUCUCCUCCAAACUAUUCGCCAUCGGGGCAUUUUUGCUGCAUGGAUCCAAGCCAUGGACACGUAUACGAAGGCAAUUGUACAUCCCCUUUGACUGAAAGUUGCCAUUUCGUCUCCUAUGAUCCACAGACUACAGAAAACCCACUACAAGCAACAACAGCAGGUGGUCUAUGCUCAUGUGCAAAUCCUGAUGGAAUCAAACGAUUUGCUAAUAUAAACUACACCUAUUCGGAUAGAAUCCCAACAAAUUCUUAUGCAGCUUAUAGACCAUCAGGUGUUUAUUCACCUCCACCUGGUUAUCCUUGGUUUCCUUGCAUGAACGCUGUUCGCUGGGAUCCAUUUUCUUAUAGUAACAACAAUAACCUAGAAAACUACAAUUGGAAUGCUUAUUUUCAACGUCCGACUUAUGGACGAUUUACAAAUUGUAUGCCUCGUUCUGGUAGUGCAAAUGCUGGGUUUACAUAUUCGUCUGAAACAGAUAAUUUAUCAAAUCAUACAUCUGAACGUGGAGCAGCUUCAGAACUUGAUAGAUUUAAACAAAAUAGCAAUCGUUGUGAGCAUUAUUAUGCAAUUAAUCCAAGUAACCAGGUAUUUAUACUGUCAGAUCAAACAAAUGAUGCACAAAGCUUCUUUCAUCACAAUAAUAAUAAUGGUAACGUUUUACAGUCACCGGCUUUACGCUCAAUGACUAAUUCGUUUAGUGCCAAUGAUUUAGCCGCUUAUCAUAAUCAAUGUAGAAUAGGAAUGAGAUAUACUAAGUCAAGUUUUGAUUUAGCUCCAGAAUUACCCGUUGAACCGGGAUUAGCUUUAAUGGAUCAUUCUAAUUUCUAUUCAAAAAUUUCAUCAUUAAUUGAAAUGGACAACAAUAGUCGUUUAAUUUUACCGAAUGGAUGGUCUGAAAGACGAUCAGGUCUUGGUCGAUCAUAUUAUACAUGUGAUUCAACCAGACGAUCCACAUGGAAUCAUCCACUUAUUGGACCGUAUGUACCACUGGGAUGGGAACGUGUUGAUUCAAGUCAAUCAGGUGUUUACUAUCAAAAUUUGCUUAUUCCUCACUGUCAACGUCAUCAUCCCAACCUAUGGAUUAAUGCUCCUUUAAAAGAUCCUGAAGUAGAACGUAAAAGUUUUUUUACCGAUCUACGUAAACUACAAUUAUCCCUACGGCAUAAUUUGCUUGCUUGCCAUAGUGAAGUGGGUGCAUAUAAAAAUGCUAACUCAGAACAAGAACAAUACUUUAUAAGCCGAUUUCGAUAUUUGAAAUUAGAGUCCCUAAUGGGAAUGAUUUAUGGUUUGGAUCAACUGUUCUACCAAGAUCUUCAUGCUUUAGUGGUAUCCUUCGAACAAGAAAGAAUGUCAGUAGUUUCUCAUAUGUUUGCGAUUCGGCCGCCAGAGAAAACCUUCCCCCAGUUUACAGAUCCUUAA